AUGGUCCACAAUGAGAAAGAAGCAUAUGAAGUAUAUUUUGUUUACGCUCAUCAUAUUGGAUUCAGUGUUCGUAAGGAUCACGCUACGUUUUGGACUAACUCCAAAAAUAUCAAGACGAAGGACUUCGUAUGUGGAAAAGUAGGUUUCAAGAAAGAGCUCAAGAUUAUAGAAACUGUUAAAUAUAUAAGAGCAGAAACAAGAACUGGUUGUCCUGCAAUGAUACGAUACAGAGUUGAUGAGAAAGCAAACCCCGUUGACAAGCACUCGUUGCGUUCCAGCAGAAAGAUAAGUGAAGUAAAUGCCGAUGUGCUUAGAUCCAUGACACAAUCUGGGAUUAGACCAAAAGACGCGUUUAACUUCCUAGCCCAAGAAGUUGGUGGUGUAGAGAACCUGGAAUGCAUAAAGACAGAUGCUUUCAAUUUUAUUCAAAGGGAGAGGAGAUGUAGAAUUGAAAAUGGUGAUGUGAAUACUUUAUUGCAGUUGUUUGUAAAGAGACGUGCUGAGGAUAGCAUCAUUAGCUUCAGGCUUUUCGACCUCUUGAACUUGAAGAUGGGGUACGACUACAAAGAGUGCCAGUUUAUGUUCGAUGCAGUGCAUGACGUAGAAGGAGAAGAUGGACGUUAUCCAGACUAG